AUGAAGGCCUUCAGGCUCACUUAUAACGGGGAAACAAUUUACCAGGUUACUGAUAAUAAUUGGGGUGAUGGACAUCAAUGGCGCCGCGGUUCGUUGCUCGGAAAAGGAGGUUUCGGAUCAGUCUUUUUAGGCAUCCUGAAAAAUACAAACUCACUUAUUGCUGUAAAGUCGACUGAUAUUAUGAACUCGGGUUCCAUCAAAGAGGAAAGAUUUAUAUUGUCGUUCAUGGUGGGGUGUCCUUACAUAAUCCAAUGUUAUGGAGAAGAGACCACAACUGAUAGUCAUGGAAAUUCCAUCUUUAAUCUGUUAUUGGAAUACGGAUCCGGUGGAAAUCUAUUCAAUCGGAUUCACAGGUCAGAAAACAGGAGGAUGUCCGAAGAACUGGAAGUAAGAUGGUACACGAGAACAAUUCUUGAGGGAUUGGCUCACAUUCAUGAAGUCGGGUUCGUUCAUUGUGAUCUAAAGCCUGAAAACAUAAUACUGGUGCCAUGGAGGACGACAUCGAGUGGAAGGGUAGAAUUCGUGGCGAAGAUUUGCGAUUUUGGGUUGGCAAAGAGGGCGCAGAAGAUUAAUCCGAGAAGCAGGAAGCCGAGACCCGAGAAGGGCAGCGUCUGGAGGGGAACGCCUAUGUACUUAUCUCCCGAAGCAGUUAAGCAUGGCCUGCAAGAACCUUGUAGUGACAUGUGGGCACUUGGAUGUGUCGUGCUUGAGAUGUUGACCGGAGAGCGCCCCUGGAAGUUCAACAAAGGGGUGGGCGAGAGAGUGAUCUUGGACAAGAUUGGGAAGACGCUCGCGGUGCCUAAGCUUCCGAAGAAGAAAGAGAUAUCGCCAGAGGCUCGUAGUUUCUUGAAGUGCUGCUUGAGGAGAAGGGUGGAGAAAAGAAUGUCAGCCAAAACACUGUUGCAUCAUCCUUUCGUUGCUGUUAAUGGAUAUCUUGAAUGA